AAAGUGUAAUCUGAGUUUAAAAAAAAAAGAACUCACAAUUCCCGGGGACACAGAAUCUGAAACCUGAGACUCUCGACUAGGGAGUCCUUUCACAGAGGGAGGGAGAAAGAGGAAGAAAGAAAGAGAGAAAAAGGGUUAGAGUCUAAACUCCGUGGUCAGCACAAAGAGCUGAGCACAGCUUGAACCGAUAUUCUAAGUAAAUCUUUAUUUCAUCAGCAAGUAGUUUCAGCAAAUAGAGGUCUCCUCAUGCUGCUGACUAGCCAGACUAAAUGGUCAGCCUUGCUGCUGGCCAUAGUGGUCUCUCCUCUCUGCUUAGCCCUUCCCUUAGAUGAUGACCGGAAAGCUCUUAUAAUGAAAGAAAAGAUGUUGCAAAUUGGAGGGGAGCUGUCAUUAACGGCACAAGAAGAGCUGGCCAAUAAGAAACUAAUGACCCUCAAAAAUGAAGAGAUUAAACAGGCCAUGAAGAAAGGUCAAUUUCCACCUAGUAUGCACUUUUUCCGGGCCAAGAAGCUCAUUGAAGAAAGUAAGGUGUUCCACGUCUUAAAGAAGAUGCCAAAAGGAGCUGCUUUACACCUCCAUGAUUUUGGCAUACUAAGUGUUGAUUGGUUGGUGAAGAAUGUCACCUACAGACCCCACUGCCACAUCUGUUUCACUCCACUCAGCAAUCUGAAGUUCAUAUUUGCUGACCGUGCCCCUCCAACUCCAAAGCCAGAGGACUGUUCCGAGUGGAUUUUGCUAUCAAAGUAUAGGGGAGAGCUGCAAAAUGUCACUGAGUUUGACAACAGCUUGCUGCAAAACUUCACCCUAGUGCUGGAUAACCCUGAGACAGCAUACUCAGAUCAAGCCGUCAUCUGGGCAAGGUUUGAAAACAUCUUUGGCUCUAUUGAGGGGCUUGUCCAUUAUGCGCCGGUGUUUAGAGAGUACUUCGCUAGAGGUCUGGAGGAGUUCUAUGAGGACAAUGUGCAGUACUUGGAGCUAAGAGCCACUCUGUACCCGGUAUAUGAACUGAAUGGACAAACACAUGACAAAGAGUGGUCAUUGAAGACUUAUCAAGAAGUGGCCCAGAAGUUUGCCAAAGACCACCCUGACUUCACUGGGGCCAGAAUCAUUUAUAGUGAUCACAGGAUGAAAGAUGUGUCUCACAUCGCUGAAUCUGUCCAGACUGCGAUGAAGCUCAGAGUCAAGUUCCCAGAGAGCAUGGCAGGAUUUGACCUGGUGGGUCAAGAGGACAAGGGGUAUCCCCUGUGGGCGCUGAAGGAAGCUUUGCUCCUUCCAGCCACUCAAGGCUUUGACCUGCCUUACUUCUUCCAUGCUGGGGAGACAGAUUGGCAGGGCACUUCCAUAGAUGAGAACGUUCUGGAUGCUCUAGUACUGAACACCACCAGGAUUGGCCAUGGAUUUGCUCUGGGCAGACACCCGGUGGCUAAAAAUAUCUCUUGGAAUAGGGACAUCCCUAUAGAAGUGUGUCCCAUCUCUAACCAGGUCCUCCAGUUGGUGUCUGACCUAAGGAACCACCCAGCAGCUUCUCUGAUGUCCAGUGGGCACCCUAUGGUGGUCAGUUCUGAUGACCCAUCUAUCUUUGGGGCUAAAGGCUUGUCUUAUGACUUCUACGAAGCUUUUGUGGGCAUUGGAGGGAUGAAGGCUGACUUGAGGACCCUUAAACAGCUAGCAAUGAAUUCAAUCAAGUAUAGCUCCCUGUCAGUCGACAAGAAGAAAGCUACCAAGGAAGUAUGGCAGAAGAAGUGGGACAAAUUUGUGGAUGACCUGGCCAGGGGGACGAAGCUAUGAAAUAACAACGUCUAUUGAAAUUUUUCCUGAGGCCAUAGUUGCCAGAACUGAGCCUUCUUGGACAAAGACAUCAUGUAUCCAUAUCCUAGCUUCUAUCCUGAUCUUUGGGAAAGAAAAGCAAUAAGCUGGACCUGUCACCUCUCUGCAAAUAAAUGAAUCUGUGGGACUCUUCAGAACCAUGGGGCAUGUAGCCCAUAUAGCCAGGCAGCGACAAAUUCUUUAGAACUUCCAGGCAAACUAAUGUUUUCCUGUGUGCCCAUCAUCUUGAAUGCUGGCUGACAGCUAGCCCUUUCUCCUUUAGUUUAUGCCCUUUGGAUGGAUUUAGCCAGAAAAAAAGCCUGCUACUGGAAGCAGCUAAUAGUGCAGUAAAAAGAGCAUUGAGGGGGCAGCUAGGUGGCACAGUGGAUAAAGCACCGACCCUGGAUUCAGGAGUACCUGAGUUCAAAUCCGGCCUCAGACACUUUACACUUACUAGUUGUGUGACCCUGGGCAAGUCACUUAACCCCCAUGACCCUGCAAAAAAAAAAUUUUUAAUUAAAAAAAAAAAGAGCAUUGAACUUGGAAUCAGGAAACUUGUAUUGGAAUCUUGCCCCUGACAACUAGUUGUGUGGCCAUGGAAAAUUCACUCAACCUUGUUCAAUGUCUGUUUGUUGAGAUGUAAGACAGAGAUAAUAAAAUGAAUAUCACCUACCUCACAAGGCUAUGGAAAUGUGAGCUAUUAUUAUACUUUCCCCAAGUGUUCCAGCAGAGUCUAUCAGGUGUGGGGAAGAUAUUCCUACUCUGAGUGGAUGAUUUGAUUGGACAAUGUCUAAGGUAGCUCCAGCACAAGGAUCUGGUUGCUCUUCAGUUGAUAACCCUCACCAAUGCUCAGGGCAGUGUUUUUAGGUCUCAAAGUAAUUAAUAAUAAUUCUAGUUUUAAAAAAUGGUGAAAAAUGGUAU